UGGAACUGUCUAAUGUAUGGUCAUGGUGGAGAGCAUUGUCAUCGAGGUGCCGCUUGCAUGAUAUGCGCAGAAAACCAUCAUACAAAUGUUUGUCCAUUUAAUACAAAUGAAAAGCGACCAGCUGUUUUUACUUGUUUUAAUUGUAAAAAACAUGGAAAAGAAAGAACUGAUCAUGCAGCAAACGACAUAAAUUGUCCACUACGUUCUCUUUAUCUGGAGACGAGGGCAAGAGUAACAACUAAAUCUCAUAAUAAUAACAGAGUACAGCAAAAUCUAAAUACAUUCCAAUUCAACGGUGUGGAAUUUCCCAACUUAGGCAAUACAACAAGCCGCAACAAUAAUAAUAUAAUGAAUGCCAACGUUUCAUACGCAAACCAGCUGAAAAAUAAUUCCGAUCUGUUUAGUGUCGAUGAACUUUUCGAUAUCUUUACAACUGCUAUGGAAGAUUUACAAAGAUGUACAUCAAAAGUGCAACAAAUUAAAGUUGUUAUGUCUAUGAAACGACAGGUCAGAUGGAAGAGGAGGAGGCGUCGCUUUACUGGUUCAUAAAUCUAUAAAACAUAAAAACUGCUUCACAUUUAACACUAGAUCUAUUGAAAAUAUAUCUAUAGAAAUAACAAUAAAUAAUAGACCGAUUGUAAUAACUUCUGCAUACUCGCCCCGUUAUAACAAUAAUUUCUCUAAUGAUAUUCAUAAACUUACACCUUCAGCCAAUGAAUACAUAGUUUUAGGAGACCUAAAUGCUAAACAUUCCGCCUGGAAUUGUGCUACAAGUAACACAGCAGGUGUCAUACUCAACAACAUACAACAAACUUGUAACUUUUUCGUAUACUACCCAAAUAGUCCUACAUUAUACCCACAUCAACGUAAUAGACAACCGUCUACGGUCGAUGUGGUAAUUAGUAAUUCCGCACUAAAUAUAGAAGUAAGAACGUUGGGUUACGAAAUUCCUUCAGAUCAUCGUCCCAUUAUUUGCACCAUAAAACGAUCGAAGGCUUCAAUUGCUGAUAUCAGUUACUAUGAUCAUAGAUUAACGAACUGGAACAUUUUUAAGAAUUUUGUUGACAAUCAUAUAGUAUUCAAUAUAGAUGAUUACAAUUCAAAGCAAACAAUUGAUAAUGAAAUUAACAAAUUAACCAACAUUAUUUUAGAAGCAAGAAAUGCAUCAACUCCCAAAGUUACUCAACGAAACUAUUUUGAAUUGCCUGAGAAUAUCUGUAAAUAUAUAAAACUAAGAAGAAGCUACAAAAGAAAAAGUCAAAGAACUUCAAAUGCAGUUGAGAAACAAUUUUACAAUCAAUAUGCAAACCUUCUUACUAAAAUGAUAGAUAAAAACAUCAAAGCAGAACGCAAUAAUAAAUGGUGUCAAUUACUAUCUAAUUUAAAACCAGGAGAUACAACUUUUUGGAGAAUUAGCAGAAGUCUGCGAGAAAAAGGUAAACACCAAAUUCCAUAUAUCAACUAUGGAAAUACCAAAAUAACAGAUGAUAAGGAGAAAGCUGAAAUUUUAGCAAAUACAUUUGUCCAAGCAAAUAAUCUUACCUCAAGCUACAAACAUUCAAUGGAUAAAUUCAUUAACGCAAGAGUUAAUGAUUUUAGGAAGGAGAACCCAUCUUCUGAUUCCGCCAUUUUUACAAAUCUUGGAGAAAUAACAAGUGUUGUGUCAUCUUUAAAAGCCUCCAAAUCACCUGGGUUUGACAAUAUCACUAAUAUACUUUUAAAGAACCUGCCAAUUAAAGCGUUGAAAUUGUUAGUCAUUCUCUUUAACAGUUGCAUUAAACUUAAUUAUUUUCCAAAAAAUUUUAAAAACGCUAAGGUUAUAGCUAUAAAUAAACCAAAUAAGCCUAAAAACAGCCCUAACAGCUACAGACCUAUUAGCUUGCUAAGCAAUCUAGGUAAAAUAUUGGAAAAAAUUUUACAUCAUCGCCUAAUUGAAUUUGUAAAUUCAAAUUCCAUUGUUGCUAAAGAACAAUUUGGGUUCAAAAAAGAUCAUAGCACUACUCACCAA